GUGGAAUAUAUGUUAGUAGCUUUUGACCAUAAAAAUAAGAGAGCACGGUUGUCUUUAACUGGAGAAGGAGUACUUCAAACUUUGCAAGAAAAAGGUGAAAGAACAAAUCCAAACCAUCCAACAUUAUGGAGACCAGAAUACGGAAGCUACAUGAUCGAAGGGACUCCUGGGCAGCCCUAUGGAGGAACAAUGUCUGAAUUUAAUACUGUACAGGACAACAUGAGAAAGCGACGCCAGGAAGCUGCUUCAGUACUAAAAAAAGAUGUAGCUAUUUGCACUGUCACAUCAUUUCCAAGAUUAGGUUGUCCAGGAUUUACGAUACCAGCGUAUCAUCCAACACCUAUUGAGACGGGAGCCUCAAAGUCUCUUUUCUUCCCAGAUGAGGCUAUAAACAAUCAUCCCAGGUUUAGGUAAGUAUGCUUUGAAUAGAAAUACAGAUAUACUCUAAAUGUAGAUGAUGUAAUAUAUGCUAAUUUAU